AUGGUCAGCCAUGAUUUUCCAUCAAGUCUAGUCCGAGACCCAGUCCGAGGUCCUUCUGAAUAUGCUUGGUUCGCACUCCCCAACGCUUUGUUGCAUUUUGUGCGGAAUACCCAUGUAAAUGUGUUGCAGUGGUUAACACCUGUCCACAACUGGCCACCACCGCGCAGCUUCCCUCGCGCUAGCUCGAAGAACGGGCUCGGUAUCACCAAUUCUCUCACGACACCGUUCCCCUCCCCACAAUCUCACAGCAGAAGGCAAGAGACAUCUUCACAAGUAUUCGAUAUGGCAGAACCUACUAAGAUCUGCCCUUAUUCUCUGCCCGACCUCAAAAACACAUCUGAUGAUGCUGUCGCGGCUUACCUAAAAACCAAAUCAUUCGCUCAAUCCCACACUCUCACCGAUGUCCGUCUAUCCCUCUCUACCGCCGCGUGCCUUAUCGCCGGCGCAACUUUCUACUUAGACUACACCCAAGGCUUCGAAAAGACCAAAACAUUUACCUUAUACGCUUGCAUUGCUUACUUCACCCUCAAUACCGCUCUAACAAUCUGGCUCUACUUUUUCGAAUCCUCGACAAUCUACGUGGGAAGACAUAAAACUGCACCAGUGUCUUUGACCAUCAGCUCAAAGGUUGCGAAGCAUGAUCCGACUUAUAGAUUGAAGAUUUUGCAGACCCAGGUGAUCGAUGGGAAGAACAUCUUGAGAAUUAGGGAUGUUGAGGGUCCGUUUAUGAAUUGGAUUGAUGAUAAGGGAUUUUUUGUUAAGAAGCCCUUUGAGAGCUGGCUAGGUGCUUCAGUACCUUGGAUUUUGGAGAAUGAAGAUGUACCGAAAGAGCUAGAUAGUGGAGUUGUAACGGCUAGUGGGAGAAAAGUUCAAGAAGAGAUGACGGGUGUUGAGGUGGGAAGUGGGAAGGGAAGCGUUAGGAGGAAGGGGAAGAAGGUGUGA